CUUAGAGGUAUGGUGGCCCGCUUCUGCUCUGUGUUUUUACUGUUUACGAUCCGUAGCCAUCCGAGGAGUUAGGCGGGCGGGACGCCCUCGGGGACGGUGCCGUAGCUGGGGUUGAUGGUGAAGGACGAGGAGAGGCGCUCAGGAUGGUCCAGCGUUUGACAUACCGUCGUAGGCUCUCCUACAAUACAGCCUCUAACAAAACUAGGCUGUCUCGAACCCCUGGCAACAGGAUUGUUUACCUUUACACCAAGAAAGUUGGGAAAGCACCUAAAUCCGCAUGUGGCGUGUGCCCAGGCAGACUGCGAGGGGUUCGGGCCGUGAGACCCAAAGUCCUUAUGAGAUUGUCUAAGACAAAGAAGCAUGUCAGCAGGGCCUAUGGUGGCUCCAUGUGUGCCAAGUGUGUCCGGGACAGGAUCAAGCGGGCUUUCCUUAUUGAGGAGCAGAAAAUCGUUGUGAAAGUGUUGAAGGCACAAGCACAGAGUCAGAAAGCAAAAUAAAUGCAGCUUUUUUAAGUAAUAAAAAUCAAGACUUGGUCUACGG